UUAGGGCUGAGGGUAGCCCAGGAUGGCCGCAGCUUCAUAUGAUCAGUUGUUAAAGCAAGUUGAGGCAUUAAAGAUGGAGAACUCCAACCUUCGGCAAGAGCUAGAGGACAACUCAAAUCACCUAACAAAACUGGAAACAGAGGCAUCUAAUAUGAAGGAGGUGCUGAAACAGCUACAAGGAAGUAUUGAAGAUGAGGCAAUGGCAUCUUCUGGACAAAUUGACUUACUGGAACGACUUAAAGAGCUGAACUUGGAAGGUACCAACUUCCCUGGAGUGAAGUUAAGGCCAAAGGUGUCUGUGCGUUCAUAUGGGAGCCGGGAAGGGUCUGUGUCGAGCCGUUCAGGAGAGUGCAGUCCUGUCCCCAUGGGAUCAUUUCCAAGAAGAGGAUUUAUGAAUGGAAGCAGAGAAAGCACUGGAUAUUUAGAAGAGCUAGAAAAAGAGAGAUCUCUUUUGCUUGCGGAGCUUGAGAAGGAAGAGAAAGAAAAGGAUUGGUAUUAUGCCCAGCUCCAGAACUUGACUAAAAGGAUUGAUAGUCUCCCCCUUACUGAAAACUUCUCCUUGCAAACAGAUAUGACAAGAAGGCAGCUGGAAUAUGAGGCAAGGCAAAUCAGAGCUGCAAUGGAAGAGCAACUAGGUACUUGUCAGGACAUGGAGAAGCGAGCACAGGCAAGGGUGGCAAGAAUUCAACAAAUAGAGAAGGACAUACUUCGUAUACGACAGCUCCUGCAGUCACAAGCAGCUGAAGCAGAGAGAGCACCUCAGAGCAAGCAUGAUGCAGCUUCACAUGACACAGAGAGGCAGAAUGAAAGUCAAGGAGCAGCAGAAAUCAGCGUGGCAACUAGCGGUACUGGUCAGGGUUCUGCUGCUCGAAUGGACCAUGAUACAGCCAGUGUUAUGAGCUCUAGUAGUAACUAUUCUGUUCCUCGCAGACUGACAAGUCAUCUGGGUACCAAGGUGGAAAUGGUGUAUUCACUGUUAUCAAUGCUGGGUACUCAUGAUAAAGAUGACAUGUCAAGAACAUUGCUAGCAAUGUCUAGCUCCCAGGACAGCUGCAUAGCCAUGCGUCAGUCUGGAUGUCUUCCUCUCCUCAUCCAGCUUUUACAUGGCAACGAUAAGGACUCUGUCUUGUUAGGAAACUCUCGUGGUAGUAAAGAGGCCCGUGCCAGAGCCAGCGCAGCGCUGCAUAACAUCAUUCACUCCCAGCCUGAUGAUAAGCGAGGCAGGCGGGAAAUCCGUGUGCUCCAUCUUUUGGAGCAGAUCCGUGCUUACUGUGAAACGUGUUGGGAAUGGCAGGAGGCACAUGAACAAGGCAUGGACCAAGACAAAAACCCAAUGCCUGCUCCAGUGGACCAUCAAAUCUGUCCUGCAGUGUGUGUUUUGAUGAAACUUUCAUUUGAUGAAGAACACAGGCAUGCAAUGAAUGAGCUUGGAGGUUUGCAGGCCAUUGCUGAACUCUUGCAAGUGGAUUGUGAAAUGUAUGGACUUACAAAUGAUCACUAUAGUGUUACCUUAAGAAGGUAUGCUGGAAUGGCUCUGACAAACUUGACUUUUGGAGAUGUGGCAAACAAGGCUACCUUAUGUUCUAUGAAGGGCUGCAUGAGAGCUCUUGUAGCCCAGCUGAAAUCUGAAAGUGAAGACUUACAGCAGGUAAACAUCCUUUUGAGAUUAA